AUGAUGAUGAUGACUGGCCGUGUGCUGCUGUUGUGUGCCCUCUGCGUGCUGUGGUGCGGUGUCUGCGGUGGUGGACGAGCUGAAACAACUCCUCCAGAUUCUCCGGAUAAUACGUCCCACGGGAACACUCAAAAUGAAGGAGAGACCACACGUGUCGCUGGAGGAGGUGAACAAAGUGGUCAACCAGAAGCGCAACAAGCAGCAGCACCAGCGACAUCAGGAUUACCGGCAGCGCCACCGAACUCAUUACAGACAACACAAUCCGGAGGAGAAGCAUCAGAAAAGCCAAGUGAAACGAAAGAAAAAAAGGAUCAAAAUAAAGAAGAUAAAAAGAAGGAAGAGGAAGUGGUAGAAGAAGAAGAGGAAGAAGACGAAGAGGAGAGAAAAAAGGAAGAAGAGGAGACAAAGAAAGAAGAACCUGUUACCGGCACCACAGAGGGGAUCUCAGCAGGCAGUGAAGAGCAGCCAAGUUUAUCUUCUGGUGCGGAGGGAUCAUCGAAUAAAACAAAUCCCAACAGCACACCAACAACUGGAGACGAUGAUCCAGCAGCUGAUGGUGCAGGGGUAGCAGAAGGAAAACAAAAUGAAAAUAAAGAACCCAAUCCGAAAGAAACACCAGUGACGGCCACAGCCAUGAAAACUACAACGGCGACGACUGGCGACAGUGACGGCAGCACCGCGGUCUCCCACACCACCUCCCCUCUUUUGUUUCUUCUUCUUGUUGCGUUUGCGGCUACUACUACUGCGGUGGUGGCCGCGUGA